AGCUUCUUUCGUUGGGGAUGAGACGGUGCUAGACAGUUUUGUUCGCAGCUCUCACGCCAUAGUGUUUUGUUUACCCAAGUGUAGUUUAAACAUCGACCAGAGAUGAAUGUUCUCACUGUGUUGCCGUCCAAUUUUGGAUAUGUGAUCUUUACUUACCUCUACAGCUGGAUUAUGCUGAUGUAUUUAGGAAUUAAGGUUGGGGCUGCCAGGAAGAAGUACGACGUUAAGUAUCCCACCAUGUACAGUGACAAAGAACAAGUGUUCAACUGUAUCCAGAGAGCACACCAGAACACUCUGGAGGUGUACCCUCAGUGGCUUGUUUUCCAAACCAUUGCAGCUCUUGUCUAUCCGUUAUCAGCAUCUGUGCUGGGCGCUAUUUGGGUGACUAGCAGGUUCUCCUAUGCCUGGGGUUACUACACAGGAGAUCCAGCCAAGAGGAUGAAUGGUGCCUAUGGCUACAUUGGAUUAUUUGGAGUUGUCAUUCUGUCCGUAUCUGUAGCUUUGGAACUGCUUGGAGUCUUUUAGAUGUUUGUCAUCUGGCAAUUGCCCAUAUGACUUAACAGUUUACUGAUUUAUACUGACUUGCAUGGCAUUUAAAAUGUAUCACCAAUAAAGUAGCUGCAUUCUUUAAAUUCUGCUGCCAUAUUAUGCUAAACACAUUUUUAUAGACCACUAAUAUGAUACUUCAUAUCUUUUUUGUUUCUGUAUUUGGUGUGAAUGUCUGCUUCAUGUAAUCAUCAACAAUAAAGUAGAUGAUGACUAA